CGUGGCUUUUAGCUCUGUAAUUGGAUCUGUGUUUCUUACUUAACAAGCUGGUUAUAUCUACAACUGAGAACUCGCAGAAGUUCCAAGUAGGGCAGAGGGUAAUAAUGCAGAGGCGCGGCGCCAGCAGGGAGUGCUCACAGCUGCAGCAGCUCCCUUUGCCCCGUCCUUGCGAAACAAGUCCUGGAAGUUGAGGCAGGCAGUCUGGACGCUCGCCGCUAGACCUCCCUCCCGCCCUUAAAUCAGUCCCGCCCCCCGCAGAGUUCAACCCAGCCCCACUAUGCAGAAAGCAGGACUACUGCUAGGUGGCUGGACUCAAGCGUGGAGGUCGGUGAGGAUGGCCAGCUCCGCGGUGACUCGCCAAAACCCACUCGCGAAUAAGGUGGCCCUGGUCACUGCCUCCACCGAAGGGAUUGGCUUCGCCAUCGCCCGGCGUCUGGCUGAGGAUGGGGCCCACGUAGUCAUCAGCAGCCGCAAACAGGAGAAUGUGGACCGUGCCGUUGCAACACUACAAGGAGAGGGGCUGAGUGUGACUGGCAUCGUGUGCCACGUGGGGAAGCCAGAGGAUCGAGAAAGGCUGGUAGCCACGGCUGUGAAGCUUCAUCAAGGGGUUGAUAUCCUGGUCUCCAAUGCUGCUGUCAACCCUUUCUUUGGAAGCCUAAUGGAUGUCACAGAGGAGGUGUGGGACAAGUCUCUGAGCCCUUACAAUGUCAGUAAAACAGCUUUGCUGGGUCUUACUAAGAACUUCGCCGCAGAGUUGGACUCAAAGAACAUUAGAGUGAACUGCUUGGCGCCUGGACUCAUCAAGACUCGUUUUAGCAGUGUGUUAUGGAAGGACAAAUCAAGAGAGGACAUGAUUAAACAAUACAUGAGAAUUAACAGGCUAGGCAAACCAGAGGAUUGUGCGGGCAUCGUUUCCUUCUUGUGCUCUGAAGAUGCCAGUUACAUCAAUGGUGAGACGGUAGUGGUUGGAGGAGGAACCCCUUCUCGCCUCUGAGGACCGCCUCUAAGGACCGAGAGACAGCCUACGAGGGCAGAGGUUAACUCCAGCUGGUGUGUGUGGGAAGGGUGCAAUCCACCUUGUCUCUGUCACCCUUCCUUGCCGCUGAUUUUGUUCACCCCACAAAAACAGCUCUACCCGGUAAUAAAUUUCCUGCUUUCUCUGUGGUCAAA